UGAUGACGAUGCAAUUGCAGCGUGAAUGAAGCUUGGCGUGGGGAGAGCUGAACGAUGCCCAAAGGUGGGGGUUCUAAAACCCCCCAGCUGGACCACUUCCCACUCAACACCGACAUGGUGGAAAAGCAGGGUGGGAAGAAGGAUAAAGUGUUGUCAAACAAGACCCCCAAAUUGGAUCGCAGUGAUGGGGUCAAAGAGAUGAAAGAAAAGGCCCCUAAAAGGAAGCUGCCCUUUACUGCUGGAGCUAAUGGAGACCAUAAAGAUUCUGACUCAGAGAAACCAGGUCCAGAGCGGAAGCGCAUUAAAAAGGAGCCCACCAACACCCGGAAGGCGGGCUUGCCGUUUGGAAUGGGGAUGCCAGGGAUCCGGGCCGGGUACCCCCUCUCUGAGCGGCAGCAGGUGGCCUUGCUCAUGCAAAUGACAGCUGAGGAGUCCGUCAACAGUCCAGACACAACACCAAAGCAUCAGUCACAGUCCAAUAUGGGUCAGAAGGGAACGCCAAACUCUGCAUCUAAAACCAAAGACAAAGUGAAUAAACGUAAUGAGAGAGGAGAGACUCGGCUGCACAGAUCAGCAAUACGGGGAGAGACACGCCGCAUAAAGGAGCUCAUCAGCGAGGGAGCUGAUGUGAAUGUAAAAGACUUUGCAGGCUGGACUGCAUUGCAUGAGGCGUGCAACAGGGGCUAUUAUGAUGUGGCCAAGCAGCUGCUGGCAGCCGGAGCAGAGGUCAACACCAAGGGUCUGGAUGAUGACACCCCUCUACAUGAUGCGUCCAACAAUGGACAUUUCAAGGUGGUUAAGCUACUUCUACGGUAUGGAGGUGACCCACGUCAAAGCAACAGGAGAGGGGAAACCGCAUUGAAAGUUGCCAACUCUCCAACUAUGCUGAAUCUGUUGCUGGGGAAAGGCACGUACACCUCAAGUGAGGAAAGCUCGUCAGAAUCUUCAGAAGAGGAAGACGCCCCGUCAUUUGCCCCAUCCAGCUCUGUCGAUGGCAAUAACACGGACUCAGAGUUUGAGAAGUUGAAAUUGAAAGGAAAAAACGUUGACGCUGCUAAAUGCGCUGUCACACCCAUCAAAGAUGAAUACGAAUUUGAUGAGGAUGAUGAGGAAGAACGUGUCCCUCCUGUGGAUGAUAAGCACCUCUUGAAAAAAGAGUUCCGUAAGGAACCGGUCCCGACUAAGGCCAACAGCGUAGCCGCCAUACCCAAGAAUGAGGUCAAAACCUAUUCCAAAAGCAACUCAGUUACACCAAAGAAAACUGUAAGGCGGAUCGUCUCUGACAGUAACAGUUCAGACGAGGAGGAUAGGACGAGUUUCACGCCCACGCCUACGCCACGGCAACAAGUCACGCAAACAAACACCAAGACUAGAGACUCUGGCAACAUGAGCUCUAAACAACAAAAAGACAAAAACAAAGUCAAAAAGAAACGGAAGAAGGAGAGCAAAAAUAAUGUCAGUAAAGAAGUCAGGGUCGGAAAAGUCAAUGACAAAUUCUGUACAUCUGACUCUGAUUGUGCAGAUAUGGAGAGUGAGGAUGAUAAGGGUUCAAACAAGGACUCUUCUGCAACGAGCUUUAAAGACUCCCCCGGCUUUAACGCUUCCUCCUCCUCUUCACAUGGAAACUCGAACUCUCAGAAACAAGCGCCAUCAUUAGCAGAACAGCAUCCAAAGCAGUGGCGGACAGAUGGCUGGAAGACUGUGUCGUCUCCUACAUGGUCCGAUGUGAGUUCUCUCUCAGAUUCAGUCAGAACAAGGCUCUCCAGUGAGUCUGAUUACUCUUCUGCUGAUUCUAGUGUAGAAUCAAUAAAACAAGUCAAAAGGAAAGCGCAGGAGAACAAAAAGAAGAAUAACAAUGUGCACAGUAGCACGGUAGACAAGAAGAAUACUGAGCUCUACAAAAACUCUAAUGCGGACAGUGCGGCCUCCAAAACCGAUGUCGAUGGCAAAGUGCUGAAAAAGCAUAAAGUAAAGCACAAGCACAAAGCUAAGGAAAAGGACAAAGCUCCUAGUCUAGUGCUUAAUCAAGACAUGAAUGAGAAAUUUGUCAAGAGCUAUUCUUUUGAUUUUGAUGAUUCAAGGCAGAAGUCCCUAAUUGUUGAGUCAGAAUCGCCAGCUGAGAGCAAGGUCAAGUUAUCCAAACACGAAAAGGACCACUCCAAAAAGGAAGAUAGGCUUUCGAAAAUUAAGUCAGAGGAUAAAGAUUGGUCUUCUGGAAAAGAUGUGCACAGAACAGUAAAAGAGGAGAAAAAUAAGAAAGCAAAGGACUCCACAAAGGACAAGACAAAUAAGGAGGAGAGGGAGAAGCCUGUCAAACCUGACAAGGAGAGAAAUGUCAAGGAGAAGGAGAAGCCCAAGGAGGAUAAACAAAAGGCUCACAAGGAGGAGAAGAAGAAGAAGUCCAAGGAAAAGUCCUCCUCAAAGGCAGAGAGGAAAGGUGAGCCAAAAGAGGAAAAACAUCUAAAGGUGGACAAGGAGAAAAACACCAAGGAGGAGAAGGAGAAAUGUAAAAAAGACAAAGCACCGAAAGAAGAGCCAGAGUAUGAAGGCUUUGACGUUAACAACCGUUUUCUCAACUUGGACGACACGAAGCUGAGUGCUUCAGAUGACCAUCAUGACAGAUGGGGCUCCGAGAUGUCCUCUGAUUCCUCCCUAUACUUAGAUGACAGCUGGGAUGCUCCCGUCAAAGAAUACAAGGAAUACAAAGCCAACAACGCAGUUAAACUAAUUGUGGAGACUGUUAAGGAAGAGACGAGAAGAAAAGAAAACAAAGUCAAGGACAAGAAAUCCGAUCACAAUGACAAAAGAUCAGAGAAAGAAACCACUUCUAAGAAGAAAGAGAAAGACUCAGAAAAGACAAAUGAAAAGAAAAAAGACUGGUCAGAAAAACAAAAGUUAAAUUCUAGUCACUCGGUUGAAAAAGAGAAGAAGCGGAAGGAGUCCACAGAGACUGUCAAGGACAAAAAAGACAAAGACUCUCUAGAGACCAGUCGAGACCGUAAAGACUCAUAUGACUUGGCAAAGGAGAGAAAGGACAUUAAAAUCAAGCAGGAAUCUAUUAGGGAUGAAUAUGGCAAUGAUACCUUCUUCAAAGAAGUUGAGGCUGUCGGUAAAUCGUGUGACGUCCGAGAAAGAAACCAUUCUGGAAAGGAGAAAGAAAAGAAGGGCGAUGGAAUCGAAAAGCGCGAAAAGACAAAAGCUGACAAGCACAAAGACAAAACAAAAGACAGAGGAGCUGAUCAGGAAAAGGAGAAGAGUGAGAAAAUCUCUGUAGAAAAAACUGUCAAGGAAAAGGACUCAGACCGGGGCACCAAAGACAAGAAGGAAGGAGUUAAAGACAAACACAAGGAGUCUCAUGGCAAAGACAAAGAUCGAAAGAUGUCUUUAGAACAGACAAAGGACAAGAAAGAGAAGGCCUCUCAAGACAAACAUGCUGAUAGGGAGAAGGAGUUCUUAGAGGUUAAGAAAGAGGAAAGAAAACCUGAGAAAACCCGGGAAAAAGCUUGGUACAAGAUAGCUGACAUCUUCACGGACGAAAGUGAUGAUGAGGAGGAGGACAGCUACACUGGUUCUGUGGCCCUUGUGCCUGACCCCAUCAGAAAAGACUCAACACCUGAUCAGGAUGAACCGGAUCUCUUGCCUUCAGAAAAAAUGAGAAAAUCAUCCAUAGAAGCUAAACACAACACAGAAAAGACAAAAGAUAAGGAACACAAAGAAAAGAAGAAAGAAAAGGCCACAUUUGACACAGGCAAAGAAAGAAAAGGCUCAUUAGAGAAACACAACAAAGACAAGAAAGAUUGUGUAGAGAUCAAACAUAAGGAGAGAAAAGACAGAAGUUCAGUGGACUCCAACCAAGAGAAGAAAAAUAAGCAGAAGCUUCUGGACAAAAGGGACACCAGUGAGGAAAAGACAAAGACCAAAUAUAAAGACAAGCUGGAGCAUACGAAGGAAAGGAAGCCCUCAAAGAGCAGCGGUGAGAAUGAGAAGUCCCUGUUAGAGAAACUGGAGGAGGAAGCUAUGAAUGACUACAAGGAGGACUCUAAUGACAAACACAGUGAAAUCUCCUCAGAUAGUUUCACUGACCGAGGUCAUGAGCCAGUCCUUGCCACUUACUAUGACGCCAUCAGCCUCACGGAUGUGUCCGAGGACAGGAGAGACUCUCUGUCCAUAUCUACACCACAGGACAAGUUUAGAGAGAAAGAAAGACAUCGACAUUCCUCUUCUUCUUCGUCCAAGAAAAGCCACGACAAGGAGAAAGACAAGAUCAAGAAGGACAAAGGAGACAAACGUGACAAGACAGAGGAGAUCAGAGAGUCCUUCAACCGCAGGGAGAGUCUACCUUUUGAGAAAGAGCCCAUGCCUCUUGAAGCAGACCCUUACACUUUUCCAUAUGGAAGUAAGGGAGACGGUGAAGAUGACUUUGAUAAAACAUUGGAGUUUGAAAAAGAGAUGUCCAAAAAGGACAAAGACAAAACAACUGCUGUCAUUAGUGACAGGACAAAGGACAAAAAGAAAAAGGAGAAACAUAAAGAAAAGGUAAAGGAGGACAAGACUAAGUACAUUGAUGGCUCUGUGUCUUUGAAGCACUCCAAAGAGGAUGUGAAGGCAGGGGUAAAAGACAGUCCACAGGUCACCGUGCUAAAAGAAAGGACAAAAGAAGAGAGUCCAAAAUGUGACGGCAAAAAAGACAGGAGUCGGGAUACAUUGGAGAAAGACACCAGAAUGGACCACUGUAAAUUGAAGACUAAGGAUGAAAAUGAAAAGCUCCCGCAGUCCAAAGAAACACUGAGGAAAGAUAAUCGCCCCCGUGAGAAGCUGUUGGUGGAUGGGGAUUACCAAAUGACCAGCUUUGGUCAGAUGUUGAGUCUAAAAGACCAGGAGAUUGAAGAGCGCCACAAGAGACAUAAAGAAAGGAUGAAGCAGAUGGAGAAACUCAGACCCAAGUCAGGGGACCCUAAACUCAAGGACAAGACCAAGUCCACAGAGGAAGUACGGAAAAACCGCACUGAGCUCUCAUCAAAGAAGUCCAACAGUGUGGAGUCUGGUCUUAAAGAGAAGAAGCUGAAGGAUGUGGGUGUCCCGGCCCAAACGAUGUCCCCAAGCAGGAAGUUCCAGCCUACUGAAUGUCCAAACUCAAAGGACUGGCUGACUGAUCCCCAAACGAAGGAGGAGAACCUUCCAGCUUCUCCCAGGUCAGAUCAAAACAGGCCAACUGGUGUUCCCACACCAACAUCUGUCAUCUCCUGCCCCAGCUUUGAGGAAGUAAUGCAGACUCCACGCACGCCAUCAUGUAGUGCAGAGGAUUACCCUGACAUCAUGUUGGAUGGGCUAGACUGCCAGAACUCCUCAGCUAUGACUAUGUCAAUGAAUGCCUGCUCUCCUUCCUUCUUUGAAAGCAGGUACUCUAACUCCCAGAGUUUCCAGGAGGGCACAUGUCCAACCCCUGCGAAGAACCUCCAGCUGCCACUUGUCAGCCGCUCUGCAUCCUCUGACGUCCGCAGGCCUCUCGAGGAUGAGUUCAAGGCUGAGGCUGACAAGUUCCUUCGGCAGGAGAGUGAUCCAGCAGCUGACUUUGAUCCGUCAUCUUCCUCUCAAACUCUAGAUGACAAAUCUGCAACCGUAGAUGGACUGGAUUGCAUGCCAUCUCCUUACUUUUCCCCAAUUAGGAUGAUGUCCCCUGAGCAGGAGCCAGCUCUUCAAACGUUAGAUGUGGAAGCACCAACUCUUUCUGGCACAGAGGGCAAUGAACACUUUCCUGACAGUGUGUACAACAGUUUCUUGCCCAAACCCUCCACACCAGUUCACAGGCCGGACCCCCAGGAGCCCUGCUUCGACAUUGCUGCACCACCAACCCCAGCUCCUGCUGCAUUGCCGCCCCUGGACAUCGAUGACAUCUCUGAACCUCACCACAGUGAGCCUAACCUGGUCCUGUCAGAUCUUCCCCCUGUCACCGAAGAACAGGAGGAGGAGGAGGAGGGGGAGGGGGAGGAGGAGGAGGAAGAUGAGGAGGAGGAGGAGGAUGAAGAAGAAGAAGAAGAAGAAGAGGAGGACUUUGAGGAUGAAGGUGAUCUGGAUGACAGAGCUGAUUUAGAGCCCUCUGCAGUGGAUGAGCCAGAGCCAAUAAGGAAGCCUUGUGCCUUCUCCUCUCCAGUUCAGGACCCUCUCAGGAAGAGCUGGCCUGCACUGUCUCCAGAGCAGCAAGAACUGCAGCCCUCCCCCAUACACGCUGCACCCAACCAUGGAGAGAACUGUUUUGAUCACAGCAUGGGUUGGAAUGCUGAAAUGGACCUCAAAUCUCCCCACAGGACAUAUGGGGAGAUUGAGGCUGCUGUCUCCAAAAUAACCAGUCCUUACCAUUCUGACAGCGAGAUGCAACACCUGUCUGGACUCCCCUCUGUCACUCCCCCCUAUGCUACCUGGAAUAGGUGGCACAAAGAGGACCAAGAGGACCAAGAGGACGCAGAAGACCCAGAAGACCCAGAAGACCCAGAGCACCCAGAAGACCCAGAGGUCCGAGAGGUCCCAGAGGUCCCAGAGGACCCAGAGGACUUAGAGGACUUAGAGGACUUUGAUGAACAGAAGGAAGCUGUGGCUGACAUCCCUUCUCCAGAGAUGCCUGACACAGCUACUGAUGAGGAAAACAGCUUUUUAAACACCUCAUCAUCCUCCAAUCGGCUGGAGUCUUUCUUCCAGGACUGUAACAAGCCUAGUAUAGAGGAAAGUCACGAGAUGGAGCCUGUAUCAACUGAGUCAACCUGUGAAGAACCAGUGAGCAGACAGACUACGCUCAGCUUCAGUGCUGCCACUGAAAGCCUCAUGGCUCCAGUUGUUGCCCCUGAGCCUGUGGUGCCCUGGGCAGACCCUUUCUCUGCGGUUGCAGACGAACUGGAUGACCUGGGACCAUUUUCCUUGCCUGACUUGCCUCUACCAGACAAGUCGGAAGAAGCAGAGAGAGAAUCCAGAGACCCUGAACCAUCCGACCACAACAAGAUUGCGACGAGCCACAUAAGACAUACUAGUACAGAAAGAGAUGACCCUGACAUAAUGGUGGUUGACUUACCUAACCUUGCUAAGAGUUCAUGCCCUGCUGUAGACCUAGAGUUAGCAGAACCUACAGGACAAGAUUUGGUUGAACCCUCGGUACAUGCCAACUUCCAGCAAGAGUUGCACCCCGAGUCUCAGAGUGUUUUUGUCAACAACUCUCUAUCUCUGACACAGCCACAGGGCAGCAUGUUAGAAGGGAAAGAACCGUAUGGAGUGCCUGAUGAAUCCGAUGAACCCAGUAUGUUGUAUUCGUCAGUGAAAUCGGAUGCCAGUCAGCAACAUCACAUCCAGAUCCACUCCCUCACUGAGUCGUUGCAGUUGCCCAUGGAUACAGUCUCCGCUCUCCAGUCAGAGGUGAGACAGGAUGAGAUGCCUGAGCCCAAAGCAGAAUCUGUGUCAUGCAGUCCUCUUCCUCAGCUCCCAGUGGCAGUCACCCUCUCCAGCACAGUGGAACUAACAGACAUUCAGGAGACCAAGCUAACGCCGGUAACCCUGACCAACGUGUCCACCACUGUAGAUACUCCCAAGAAGGUGGAUGAAAUCCCUCAAAGAAUAACCCGCAAUCGCGCCAAGAACAAUCCCUCUGCUGCUGCUGUUCUCCCUCCUACCUCCAGCAUAAUAACCUCAUCUGCCACUGCAACCCCUGCAACAAUCAGUCCAACAGUGACCAUAAACCUGACGCUACCGCCCACCUCUGCCUCUUCUUUCCCAGCUCUGAAGAAAGACAAAGAGUCUGUGCUGACUGUCACCUCUGCUCCAACUAAUACAACCCAAGCAUUGUCUGUACCUACUUCUGUGACAACUCCUGCAUCAGUGGUUAUCAGUAAGACGACAAAAGGUCGUUCUCUUCCAGUGGAAGACGAUGAAACUCAGACCCAGCACCCAAGGAAGAGGAGGUUUCCUCGUUCUUCUGGUCCACAGGUGCAGGUCCAGUUGGUAAACACGACCAUGCAGCAGACCAGGGAAAUGAUUCAACAGACGUUGGCCGUAGUAGUCAACGCCAUAAAGCUUGACGUUAUCGAGCCCUACCACAGUGAUCGCUCCAACCCUUACUUUGAGUACCUGCAGAUCAGGAAAAAGAUUGAGGAGAAGAGGAAGAUUCUGUGCUACAUCACCCCACAAGCCCCGCAGUGUUAUGCUGAAUAUGUGACGUACACCGGCUCCUACCUGCUGGAUGGCAAGCCCCUCAGCAAGCUUCACAUCCCUGUGAUUGCCCCACCGCCAUCGCUGUCAGAACCUCUGAAGGAGCUCUUCAGACAACAGGAAGCAGUGAGAGGGAAGCUCAGGUUGCAGCAUAGCAUAGAGCGGGAGAAGCUGAUUGUUUCGUGUGAGCAGGAGGUGCUAAGGGUCCACUGCCGAGCAGCCAGGACAAUAGCCAAUCAGGUUGUGCCCUUCAGCGCCUGCACCAUGCUGUUGGACUCUGAAGUAUACAAUAUGCCAUCAGAUACCUUGGGUGAUGAGAACAAAUCUGUGAGAGAUCGCUUCAACGCUCGUCAGUUCAUUUCCUGGAUCCAAGAUGUGGAUGAUAAAUAUGACCGCAUGAAGACGUGUCUGUUGAUGCGGCAACAGCACGAGGCAGCCGCCCUGAACGCAGUGCAAAGGAUGGAGUGGCAGUUGAAGGUCCAGGAGCUGGACCCAGCGGUGCACAAGUCCCUCUGUGUCAACGAAGUGCCGUCCUUCUACGUGCCAAUGGUCGAUGUUAACGACGACUUUGUCCUGCUGCCUGCAUGACACACCUCUACUCACAGAUUAAAAGCAAACUUUGUCUGAAUACUCCUCUCAAAGAGACUUCGUUGAACAGAACGAAUGGAAAGGGCUAGUAAGUUUGAAAGAGGAUUUAGACAGGAAAAAAUUAUAUUCUAUAGAAAAAGAGUAAAGCUGAAAAACUUGCUCUUGAUUCCCUUCCGUGAAGAAGGAAACAUGUUUUUACUGGGGUAAAGAAAACACACAACUUGCACUUUUAUCCUCAAAGUUUUUACGCUUUUGUUUGAUCAGAGCGUGAGAAGCAGAAACCGUUUUUGCUUCGAGGCUCUGUCAUCGGGACACGACUCCUCAGUGCUCAGUUUUGGUGAGAGGGGGGAUAGAGAUAUAUUUUCUGCAUUCUUUUUUGGUCCCUGCUUCAAUAGCCCCACCACUGGGAGGAGGUGUCGGAGAGGAGCUCUCCCAACAGCGUGGUGCCUGUCCUGAGGGAGAACUGAGGAGAAGCCUCCCCUGUUGAUCCAGGGCUCCUGAUGGGACACGAGAACUAGACCUGAGUCCGGCGCUGACCCCCGUGAAGUCAUGGUGCAUCGUGUGGAUCCCUGAUAUAAGACAGCUGGGGUGGACAGACCAGGGAAGAUGUGGCCUGCUGCUGAUGGUUUUUGGGGCGAUAAGAGCAUAUACCCAGAGGGAGCCCUCUUCCCACACGGCACAUGGCCCGCAUCACAGCGGGGCCACAGAGCCUGCAGGAGGCUGGGUACCGCAGAGGGAGAUGUGUCAGGGCCCAGUGUCUGAGAAGAAGAGACUGACCCUGCAGCCUCUCAGCCGGGCUACUCAGAGGAGGACAGGCAUGGCUCUCUGAGGACAGACCGGAGUGUUCCUCAGCCAUCCUGCUUGUUCCAAAACAAACACAUCAGACCGCCCAUGGACUGCAAAAAACACCACAGGACAACCAGAAGAAACAAACAUAACGAAUGUUGAGAUUCAAAGAGACUAUUGAGAAAUUGUGCUUUGACAGGAGGAGAGAAAUAUUGUUUUUGUCUAUUUCUUUACUUGGGCAUUUCAUUGUUUCUGAGGAAGUGACUUGAAACACUACAGAGCCAAUAUUAGUUUAAUGGAAAAAAAACAAAAAAAAUUGAAAAAAAUGUUGUAUUCAGUAAAUUAUGUACAGUUUUUAUAUUCGUUAACCAAUGUAUUCUUGCUGCCUUCUAGAUAAUUUAUUUUGCCACACAUUACUGCACAGUUGUAAAUAACCUAUGUACUGUAUUAUCACUCAGUUAAGUGUAAAGAAAAAACAUAAAAGAAAUAAAAAUUAUCUUUUUAUGUACAGUUCACUUUUGGGCAGCACUUUCCCUCCCCUCAUAUCCAUGGGCCAAAAUGUGUACACGGUUCUGUCAGUAUUUGAAAGACCCCAGUGCACAGUUGUAUGAUCCCAUCUCUAGAUUCAAUCCUGGCUUCAGUAGGGAAACCCCCCUGGACCACCACAACCCACAGAUAGCUGACAGAGAACAUUCUGGAUUAAACAAGCCUCCCACAGGCCAACCACCACAUAGUCCCUCAGAUGUAGCAGAAUAGUUGUUGAGGAUUUAUUUAAAGAAUAGACAGAGGAUUAUUAUUCAUUGCUUUACUACACAAUUAUAUCUGAAAAAAUUCGAACCAAGAAAAUGCCUUUUUUCAGUGAAAAAAAAUGUACUCAUUGUUGGGCAAAAUCGCAUAUAUACAUACAUUUAUAUAUGGGUGGGAUGAAAGUGAGCGAGAUGACAUUAAAGAGCAAAACCCAUAAUGUUAAGGUAGAAUGGUUUCCAAUUUAAUUUACCUUCUUUUUAAUUUACCAAAAGUUGGACUGAAGUCAUGAAUAAGCAUCACAAAUAACCAUUGUCACUGAAACCAACAGGACGCAGGUCUUUCAGCACUUUGUACGUUUUCUGUUCUCCUAGCUUGUCAGCUUUCACAUUGAAUAGACUGAAGACAGCCAUUGAGAGGUCUUAAUCCAUACUGACGACACAUUGUUUGUCAGUCCGGUUCUUUUUGUCCAAGGACAGCUUUUUUUUGUUGCUGUUCCGAGUGUAGCCACUGGAUGGCGUCAGUUUGUCAGACCACUCAUCAGUGUAAUUGGCUUUGCAUCAAACCUUUGGCCUGAAUAGGUGUUUUAAAAUAUAUUGACAUUUUAUUACAGCGUCUAAGGAGAUAAUUUCCCAAAUAGGAAUACAAUACAACACGUUAAAAUAACACUUGGCUUAAUCAUUGGCUUAAUCAUUUUUUAUCAAUGUUUACCUUUAAUCCACAAGGGGGUUUUCUCACCAGGGAUUUUAAAUGUAAAGUUACUUCUUCAUAUUUGUCUGUUGUUGUAUGGCCCAAGCAGACAUUUACAGCAAUUAAAAUCUCAGAAUUCAACAAGAAAAUGGAAAGACAUUAACACAAACUAUAGGAAGGGUAAUAUUGCAAAAUGCUGAAUAGACCUUUUGUCCUAAUUCAGAAUCCCAGUUAAAAUGUUGAUUUGUGAUGACUUGCAUUGAUUCUCUAUUUUUAAGUUGGUCAUGGUUUGGUAAAGCUUUCCUGACCUACCGAGUAGACUUCCUGUCUGUGUGCGUGAGCUGCUCGUUUAUCCUGAUGGCAAUAUUACCUGAAACGUUUUAAGUUAUUUACACACUGUCAGUCAGUAUAGCUGUGUAUGGUAUGUCUAGUCAAGUGCAAUGGUUGUUGCUAUUACACUGUGCAGACAAGGUGGCUAGAUGUAUAGUCCUGGAUAUUUUUGAGAGAUACACACAUCCCGGUUUGGUAUACAUAGAAUUACAUAUUUGGAUACAAAUAGCCAGAACGUUGGUUUUUAAACCCCUGUUUGUCAUAUUUCUUGUUUUUAAUUUGUGGUUUGAUUCUUUCACAGUUUUGGGGGACAAGGUUUAAGGGUGUCGUUUGUUCACAGAAUCCUUGUGUUUUUUUGAGUUCAGUGUAUGUAGUUCUGAAUGUUGUUGUGUUUAUCUUAGGGGUUUUUGUUCCUGUAUAAAGCAUAAACACCAGUGGCAUGUCAAUCACGUUGCUUAUCGAGCAGAAUGUAUACCGUUUCUAUGCCCUGACCGACCACACCCUCACUAUUGUUUACAAGACAUAAAGCGGGAUUUCCGUUUCAUGUGACACCUUUUUUGACGGUUUAAGCCCUGCCUUUGAUUUUAUUUCUGUAAUCAGUCAUUUAUUUGAACCACGAAGGCUUGAAAUGGUGAUGAUUGACACAACUGACAGGCGAUUCCUCCCCCUGUCUGCGGUACACCGCUGCACCGAGCAAUAGACUAAACACAUCCAUCCGCAAUGAUUCUCCAAAGUGAAUAUUUAAAUAACUAAAAGUGAUUUCUGGAUAAAUUGAAUACCAACAUAAAUCAGUUCUCUAAUGCACAGUAGAGCACUUGGCCGUGGUGAUAGAGAUGCUAGCCUGACCCCACCUCAGUCGGCAACAUAUUACCUCUACUCUCCUCACAUUCACUCAUAAUGUAUAUGUUUGAUUUGUUAUUUGUUUCUUACUGGACGUAAAUAUACAUAAUUGCUAUUUUUUCAUUCUAUAGAAUCACGAUUUCAAGCCUUUUUUUCUAGUUUUUUGUUUGUUCCUUUUUGAUUCAAACCCAGACUGUAGCUAUUUCUUUGUUCAUUUUUUAGAGUGGAAAAUGACUAAUAAAAAUCAUGGAGAACUACUCUUUAAAUGGUGAGAAAUAACCUAUUUAUUAUCUUUUCUUUUUCUUUUUCUGACACCUGUGGUAUGUUUUGAGUUGAAGUUGGUCUCCGCUGUGUAAAUUUUCCUCCUUGUAAUGCGUGAAAGAGACAUACUGUACAUAGCUCUGUAAAUAAAACCUCCCAGGACGUUUUGCACCCUCCUCUUUGUACUAGUCUGAAAAAUUGCGUAGAAUGUGGGGUUCUAACAGCAACGAGCUGCGUGCGCUUGCUGCAGGUGAUUAUGAUGUAACAAUGUAACAUUUUUUUAUUUGUACAAUGUAGUUUAUUUGUGUACAUAUUGUUGGAGCAGCUAAGAGGGGGGAGGGGGGUACACGAGGGGGGUUGUUGAUGCUAUCGUCAGUGCUGUAACAGAAAUCCAGUACUUUCACCUCUAGCUGUUGUUGAUUUCCUGCAAAAAAGAAAGAAAUAGAAAAAAAUAAAAAUGUGAGAAACUGAAAAUGAGGAUGGAUGAGAAAAAAAAAAGACUAAAACUGAAAAGUAAAAAUUCUAAAUUGUUAUUUUCUACAGUUGCAUGUACAGAGAGCGCGAGAACUGCUGUUGUUCCUCAGAGAUUAUGUUCGUUAAUAAAACUUUGAAAUAUUA